AUGGGUUUUGUGAGGAAGUGUAAGAGGGUAUGGGGAAGAAAAAACAGAUUGCAUCCAGAACACAGUUACAAAAGGCAAAAAGAUAAUACUAAGAAACCACCAAAUGGUUGUGUUUGUGUCUACGUUGGAGCUGAGAGAAAGAGAUUUAUAAUCAAGAUCAAAAUAUUUAAUCAUCCUUUGUUCAAGUCACUUUUGGAAGAUGUUGAGAAUGAAUAUGGUUAUAGAAAUGAUGGUCCUCUAUGGCUUCAUUGCGAUGUUGAGUUUUUCUGUGAAGCACUUGUGGAGAUAGAGAGUUCUGUGGAUGAUAUGGGAUUUGUUGGUUGCAAUUUUCCAAUGAGUCACAAACUUAGUCCAGUUUAUAGUUAUCAGGUUUUGGCAUGA